AGCGUCUGUUGUUGUGAGCCGUCGGGAGCUGUCCCGCAGCUUUAUCGAUACGGAUAGAAAUUCAAAUUUAGUUACAUACACCGGCUGAGAAAUGUCUUUUUCAAGAGCCCCUUUGAAAAGGUUCAACGAGCAAGUGGGCUGUGCCCCUCCACCGGGGUCCUAUGAGAUUAAACCUGGGGACCUGAAGGGAGCUGCGUCCUUCGACAAAUCUGACCGAUUCAGACCUCUUAAGGCAGCAGCUGGAACUCUUCUGCCACCGCCAUCGCCUUCCAGAAAUGUCCUGGUGUCACCUGUCCGCAGGACUUUGUCUGUUGAUGGUCUUGUUGAGGGGUCAAGUGUAAAGAAAGAGAAGAAUGGCAUGACCGUGGAGAGGAAACAGCAGAAACUCUUGGAGAAAGAGAUAAGGUCCUUGGUUCAGCAGCGAGGGGAGCAGGACCGUCGCUUGCAGGCCCUGGAAGAGGAGCUGAAGAAGGUGGAGGCCAAACUGCUGGCUGCAGUCAGGGAGAGGACAGGCCUCGCUGCCAGUGUUACCACCCUUGAAAGACAACGGGCUGAGCUCAAGAAAGUGAAUGAGUUCCUAAAAAACAAGGUUUCUGCUGACACUACAAAAAAGAGAAUCAAUUCACUAACAAUGGAGUUGAUGGAGGCCAGGAACACUUUGGAUGUUAAAAACAAGGAGUUAAGUGUCCUGCAGAUUAACACUGAAGGCCAGCUGAAGGUACUAGAAACUGACCUCCAUGCUGCGAGGGCUACGGUCACAGCUCUAAAGGACAGGAACAAGGACUUGGAGGACCUCCAUCAAGUGACAAAAAUCCAGAACGAAGAGAUGGAGAAUGAGAAUGCACGGUUACAUGCUGUGAUACGGGAGCUGAGGGAGGAGAUCAGAGUUGUGCAGGGAUAUCUGGACACAGCAAAUGACCAGAUCCAGGAUCUCCGCUUGAAGCUUCAAGAAAAGACGCAUGAGAGCACUGUUGCAGGUUCUCAGCUGGAGAAAGUGAAGCAACUAGAAACCGAGGUAGAACAGCGCAGCGCUGAGCUAGAAACCACAAAAGAUAUGCUGAGACAAAAAGAGGAGGAGGCACAGAAAUUCCAGCAAGAGCUGCAGGCGUCAACGGAUGCUUUACUGGAAGUGGAGAAGAGGUUGGAGAACCAAGAGCUGGAGCUUAAGUCUGCACGAAAGUCAGCAAGUGACAUGGAGGAGGAAAUGAAGUUGACCAACCAAGAAGUUCACAACUCUCAAGCAACAGUUCGGCAGCAGGAGGCAGAGCUUGCCAGACUGAGAGAGGUGCUCAGACGAACGGAGAAGGAGCUGGAUGAGAGAGUGGCACAUCUCGAACAGCGGUGUCUUUUCUCUGAGGAAGAGAGGAGCAGGACUCAGGAGGAGGGGCUGAGGAGGGUGCAGGAGCUAAAGACAGAGCUCAGCUUGCUAAAGGAGGCUAAAAGAGAUGAGGAAAAGAGACACAUUCAGCUCCAGCAGGAACAUGCUGCUCUUACUGAGGAACUGACGAAAGAAAAGGCGCUUGUAGACUCCCUGUCUGUGCUGGUGGAGCAGGAGAGGGAGGACUCCGAGGAGCGGCUGAAACAGUUAAAGGAGGAGAUGGAGGAGGUGCUGGGAGAGCUCGCUGUCUUGGAGGAACAGGAGCAGAAGAGGCAGGAGGUGGUGGAGAAAAGUCAGGAGGCUGUCCAGAACCUGCAGGAGGAAAACAAUGAGCUGGAGAGACAACUGAGUGAUACCAGGGCACUGCUGGAGAGCAAGAGCAAUGAUGUGGCAGCUUUGGAAGAGCAGCAUUUAGCAGCCACGAGAGAACUCCAGGAAGCAUACACAAACUCACUGAGCAAGAUGGGAGACACUGUCACAGAGAUGGAAAGUGCCAGAGAGGCUCUGAAGGGAGCAGAGGGGAGACAGAGAGAACUGGAAGAGGAGAUGGAGAGAGUGACCCAGCAGAUGAAGGAGGAGAUGGACAAAGUGGUUAAAGAGAAAGAAGCGGAGAUCAAGAGAGUGAAGGAAGGGUUUGAGGAGCAGCAGGAGAGACAGUCAGCUGAAGCGAAAGCCAGAGAGGAGAAUGCAAGAAUGUUGCUGGAGCUGCAGACUCGCCUUGUGCAGAAAGAUGAGGAGAUGAAGGCCAUGGAGGUGAACCACACCGGCCUGAUCAGUCAGCUACAGCAGGAGCUACAGCUGCAGACAAAGGAGAGGGAAGAGGCCCUGGGGCAACUAGAGGAACAACGAGGUCAGAGUGUUACUCUGUUCCAAAAUGAGAAGGAAAAAGCACAGAGACUACUAGAGGAGGUCAACCUGGAAAAAGAGGAAAUAAUGGAACAGCUCCAACAAGAAAGAGAAGAGAGAGUUAAAAUUCAGACAGCACUUCAGGAGGAAAGGGGAGCAUUGGAGGUUGAAAGGAAAGACCACCAGCAGGUCAGGUCAGAAGUGAUCAGACUGCAGGCCGAGCUUGAGAGGGUAGGUGAGGAAAACAAGAGUCUCCUGUCUCAAGUAGAACUCAAAGACCAGUCCAGGCUCGUGCUUGAAAGUCAACUAAACAUGGCAGAGCAGGAGAGAAAAAAGCUUCAGUCUCACCUAGACGAUGUUGAACAAGAGUGUGCGAGCUUCCAGGCCCAAUUAGACCUCAUGGAGGCCCUGCAGCGUGAGCUGGAAGAACAACGACAAGGCUGCCGGGCUCUUCAGGAGCAGGUGGAAGUACUAACUCAGGAGAAAGUUACACUGCAGUGGGAGAUGGAGGAGCAGCGACAGGAACUGCAAAGACAAAUAACUGAAGCACAAGAGCAGAGCUCCCUGAGUUCAGAGGCAGAACACUGGAGGAAGCAAUACGAGGAGCUGUUUGCUAAAGUCAAGCCCUUUCAGGAACAGCUCAAUGCCUUUGCAGCAGAGCGAAAUGCACUGCUCAAUGAGAACGGGGCAAACCAGGAGGAGUUAAACAAGUUGUCUGAUGCUUACGCUCGCCUGCUGGGCCACCAGAACCAGAAGCAGAAGAUCAAACACGUGGUGAAGCUGAAAGAUGAGAACAUCUUGCUGAAACAGGAGGUGUCUAAGCUUCGCUCCCAGGUGAGCCGGCAGAGGAGUGAUCUGGAGCAGCUGAAGUCAAAGCUCCCCGGUGCUCCACGCCGCAGGUUUGAUCCCAGCAAAGCUUUCCAGCACGACAAGGAGAACAGGCAAAGUGAAGCAACUGAACCUCUUAAAGAAGGGAAUCAUUAUGAAUAAUGGAGCUCUUCUAUCAAACAAGAACUGAUUGGCUGACAAAUUUAAUUUCAAAGGUUUGGUCUUUUGAAUAACUAAACCCCUAACAAGUAUUAACUGUAUUCCCACAUGCAGAUGCUUUACAGCCCCUUGAUAUAAGGAGUCUGAAGAUUUAUUUGUUUAGAUUUUUAAAAAGAAAUGUGUGUGCAGGAGCCAUGUGUGAAAAUAAUGAGGAUAUAGAUGGGAGCAAGUCUUAAGUGCUCACAUUUGAGAGCACAGGAGCGUAGUUGGCAUUAAAGUAAGAUGCAUUUUAGUGUUAAAUGUAUUUUGGAAUUUUAUCCUUCUGGCUUUCUUAGCAAUUCUUAGGGCAGCAGUACUAAUAACUAUUUCAUGUGGAGUAGCUCUUUAUAAACCUUUCUUCUUUGUAAAUAAAGACA